AUGACCUCUCAAAAAAUCCUAGUCAUCGGUGCUGGGGAGUUGGGCUUCCAAGUGCUGCGUGCUCUGGUUGCGCAUCCUCGCCGCCCCGCCACAGUCGCAGUUUUGAUGCGCCCUGGCAGCAUCGACUCUUCCAGUCCGUCCAAACAAAAGCAAAAGAAAGCGCUCCAGCAGCUGGGCAUAGAUCUCGUCCCUGGGGAUAUUGUUGAAGAUUCUGAGCGAAGACUAGCUUCGAUAUUUGCAAACUAUGACACCGUGAUUGGAUGCACGGGUUUUGUCUCAGGCACCGGCGUCCAACUCAAGAUCACCCGUGCUGCCCUCGAUGCUGAAAUACCACGAUUUAUCCCCUGGCAGUUUGGGGUGGACUACGAUGCUAUUGGACGAGGAUCCCCUCAAGAUCUCUUCGACGAGCAACUUGAUGUGCGUGAUCUUUUGCGGUCGCAGACCAAGACUCAAUGGGCGAUUAUUUCCACGGGCAUGUUCACGAGUUUUCUUUUUGAGCCCUCCUUUGGGGUAGUCGAUCUGGAGAACGACCGUGUCAACGCACUGGGAAGCUUGGAAAAUCAAGUCACUAUCACUACCGCGCAAGAUAUUGGACUGAUAACGGCGGAAAUUGUGUUGGGAGAUGAGGAUUUAUUCAAUAAUCGCCCUAUCUUCAUCGGAGGGGAUACUAUCAGUUAUGAAGGGCUGGCUCAGCUAGUCGAAAGAGUGACUGGCAAUCCCAUUACCAGGAAUGUGUUGACGAUGGAGAAAAUGCAGGAUGCAUUAGCGUCUGACCCUCACAAUGGACUGCUCAAAUACCAGGCGGUCUUUGGGCAGGGCCACGGCGUGGCGUGGGAGUUGGCAGGUACAUGGAACCAGCAACGGGGAAUACAAGCUGAGACGGCGGAGGAGUGGGCUAGGAAGAACUGGGCGCGGGCGAAUUUUUGA